CCUGUUAGACUCUCGUACACAGCCUAGGUGACAGUCAUUGAGAGCGGCGAAACUAUUAAAAGGCGUUUUUGUCAGCUCAAUUUGGAAAAUGAUAUAUUUUAGAGAGCUAAUGCAUCUGUAAAAUGGCUUAUUUUAGAGGAGUUGUUAUUUUCCUUGUGAAGUUCGUAUCAAACGGUGGCCUCUGACAAACUUUACUGAGCGCUCAAUAAAGUUUCGCAUGGUGCACUUUAUCCUGAAGCACCACAGCGCGCUACGGAAAUCAAAAAUGAAAGCAGCACCGACAGUUUUCAGCGAAUUUUGCUUUAGGAAGUAUUUCAAAUGGCUUGAUACGCCACUUUUUUUUCGCUUUUGAUCUGUGGCUGACAGAUAACAGCGAGCUCGGACAGACUUCGGUGACCGUUACGCUCAUUUUGCAUUUGGACAGGCGACUGAAGCUCCAAGGCAGACACACUUGGGACUCCGGAGAGCACAGGCGGGACAACAACAUGACCAGCUGCUGGCUUGCCUUGGUCGUAUUGUGGUGGAGCGCUUACUACUGCAUGUUCUCGGUCGCGGGGAGUAAUUAUUCGCUCGAUGGAAACAACGAAGUGCACCCGGGUUUCAUCCAGCGGCGGCUGCGGACGCACGCAAAGAGGGAGAUGCAGAGGGAGAUCCUGUCCAUUCUCGGGCUACCGCACAGACCUAGACCGCAUCUGUCACACGGAAAGUUCAACUCCGCUCCACUUUUCAUGUUGGACUUAUACAACACCAUAUCAAGCGAUGAGAAAAGCCAAGUGCAAAGCAUGCUGGACGGAUAUCAGUCCAUGCUGACAACCCAGAGCUCUCCUCUGGCCACAUAUCAAGAGACUGCCUUUCUAAAUGAUGCAGAUAUGGUGAUGAGCUUCGUUAAUUUAGUGGAGUACGACAGCGAGCUCUUUCCACAGCAGCGUCACCACAAGGAGUUUAAGUUCAACCUCUCACAGAUCCCCAAGGGUGAGGCCGUCACUGCAGCUGAGUUUCGUCUCUACAAGGAGUGUGUGAGCCACACCUUCCACAAUGACACUUUCUUACUCAAAGUCUACCAAGUGGUCAAGGAGCACUCUGACAGAGAGGCGGACCUGUUCCUGUUGGAGUCUCGCAGACUGUGGGCAGCUGAGGAGGGCUGGCUGGAGUUUGACAUCACCGCCACUAGCAACCUGUGGUUGUUGAGUCCGGUGCACAACUUGGGUCUGCAAGUCAGCAUGGAGACCAGCAGCGGACAAAGCAUCAGUGUCAAGGAGGCAGGCCUAGUAGGACGUGACGGUGCACUGGAGAAGCAGCCUUUUAUGGUCGCAUUCUUCAGAAUCAGUGAAGUAUACAUCCGCACUGCCCGCUCCACUGGUGGCAAACGUCGCCAGCAGAAUCGCAACCGAUCCACACAACCACAGGAGGGCUCCAUGGGGCUGGGCGUAGCAGAUUACAACAACAGUGAUCAGAAAACAGCAUGCAGAAGACAUGAGCUCUAUGUCAGCUUCCGAGAGCUGGGCUGGCAGGACUGGAUAAUUGCUCCUGAAGGCUACGCAGCCAACUACUGUGAUGGAGAGUGUUCCUUUCCCCUUAAUGCCCACAUGAAUGCCACCAACCAUGCCAUUGUACAGACACUGGUGCACCUGAUGAACCCUGAGAAUGUACCGAAACCAUGCUGCGCCCCCACCAAACUCCACGCCAUCUCAGUGCUCUACUUCGAUGACAACUCCAACGUCAUACUUAAGAAAUACAAGAACAUGGUGGUGCGGGCCUGUGGCUGCCACUGACAACAUCAAGUACUAGUAAUGCUUGACUGAUAAAUGGGUUGGCAAAGGGCUGUAAGUGGAACAGUGACUCCUGG